AUGAAGAUUCUUGUUGGGUCCCUUCUUGGGAUAGCAAUAGGGGAAUCAGAGCCGGCAUGUCUGCCAAACUCGAGUUACAAUGAAUGUGGCACUGCUUGCCCGAGUGUCUGUGGAAUCCCAGAUGCAGAUUUUUGUAUAGAAGUCUGUGUCCCUGGGUGCUUUUGUGAUCGUGGGUUUAUCCUCGAUGAAAAAGACGGAGUUUGCAUUUCUGAAGAUGACUGUAACACGAAUGGAACAGUCACCAUUCCUCCACUUCCGGAGGAAUGUCCAGGAGACCAGGUUUUUCAGACAUCAUGUUGCUCGACUCAGGGAUGUUCCGAAGACUUUCCCGUUCUUUGCCACAGUAUCCUCCCGGGAGGAACUUGCCCGCGAAUGUGCGUCUGUCCAGAUGACAAGCUUUGGGAUGAUAAGAACCAAAUCUGCGUGGAAGAGUCUGAGUGCCCUAAAGAAUGCCCGCCCGGACUUGAAAUGAAAAAAGCUUGCUGCUCUCAACAAACAUGUGACAACGAUCCUGUUUUGUGCCUUGAUCUCCCUCCUGGAGGCGAAUGCCCCGAAAUGUGUACUUGCCCGGAUCAAAGUCAAACCUACGACAAAGAGUCUCAAACCUGCGUCUCCCGAGAUGAGUGCCCAAAAACCUGCGGUGAAAAUGAAGACUGGAACGAUUGUGGAACUGCCUGUCCACCCGUCUGUGGCGAGCCAGCGCCAGCUUUUUGCAUUGAAAUGUGCAUUUCCGGAUGUGAAUGCGAAAAAGGCUUCAUCAGGGAUGGCAAAGGCGGCAACUGUAUUCCAGAAGAUAGUUGUCCAGCGGAAAGUGAACAGUCCUGCCCAAAUAACGAGCAUUUCGUCGACUGCGUCGAAGAGUGCGGUCCUCAGUGUUCCUUUCCUCGGCCCGUUUGCGAUCAGCGCCCUCCCGGUGUUCCGUGCGAUGGUGGCUGUACUUGCGAUGAUGGAUUUUUGAGAGACGAGGCCGGAAACUGCCAGUCAGAAGACAAAUGCCCGAGUGAGAUUUGCCCUGAAAACGAGGUCUGGUCACCUUGUGAUAGAACUUGCGAGGAUACUUGUGAAAACCCGGAUUUUUCGAAAGUUUGCAGGCCAAUUGCUUGUGGAAAAGCUAUGUGCACAUGCGCUUAUGGCUAUGCGAGGAACGAGGGUGGACUUUGUAUUUCAAAGAAGAAAUGCGCCGCGUUAGCUGAGGAACAAGAAAUGCUCGACUUUGAGGGAGAGGAAUUCCCAGGUCUUGAAGAGUCGAAAAAAUGUGAUCCCUCAACUCUUCCCUUUGCCUCCCGCUACAACUUCAAAAAGAAACCAGUGAAGCCUGGCAAGAACAUCAAACUGACAUGCAAAGACGCGAAAAAGAACCCGAAAAAGACGAAAUUCGUGAAAUGCAAAGUCGCCAAAGAUGAAAGCGGAAAUAAACUUGGAGCGUAUUUUGCGCUCAAUGGCGAUGUCCAUGAAUUUUAUGAUGAUUGCCCGGCUGGUUGCUCCUUAGAUCAAAAAGAGUCGUUGAUCUUUUUGGCACCAGUUUGGAAACAAAUUGCGACGAGUUCGGCCCAGAGAGCAAGUGCAAGUUCUCUUGCAUCUCAGGAAACGGAGACCGAAUUGGGCCAAAGAACGCUGUCAAAUGCGUUUGCAAAACGAAGAAAGGAAAAAGAGUUUGCGCAUGGAAAUUCAAAAAGAACGAUGAUUUCAUCAAAGCGCAACUUGGAAAUGAUCCAUCAAAGAAAUGCGUUUGAUUUUCUCAAUUCUGUUGUUCGUUAUUCGCAAAAAUAA